UGCGGACAGAGCUUGGGAAAUACGGACUAGAUUCGAGGCGUUUUAUAGAGAGAGAGGCUGAUGUAAUUUCGCUGUUUCCAGCCCCUGUGUAUACAUACAGGCCUAUGCCCUGAUACGAGAGCUAUACGCUUCAGUACAGUAUUAUUCCCCCAUAGCUGUAGUCAUUCCGAAGUCUUAUAGUACCGGUAUGAGAUUGUAAUCGGCAUAUUUGAAAACUGUCUGGAAGGGAAAGUAUUAGUUCACUAAAUGUCCGCAGAUUUGUUAGAUUCGAAAUAAUCGAGAGAAUGGAGGGAGAUUUAAAUACAUUUAAGUGUGUAGUUGUUGGAGAUGACGCUGUGGGGAAGACUAGCUUGUUAAUCAGUUACGCCACCAGGACUUUCCCGGCCAAUAAAGUUCCAGACAUAUUCGACAACUAUGCAGGUUGCGUGGUAAUGGGUGGGAUCCCCUAUUCCAUGUCCCUGAUUGACACCUCAAAACAGAUUGACUCCGAGGGCUUGAGGUCACAUUUGUAUGAAGGUACUGACGUGUUUAUAGUGUGCUUCUCCGUGGUGCGUCCCGAGUCUAUGGAGAGUGCCCAAGAAAGAUGGCUGCCUGACAUCAAAGAGAACUACCCAGAUGUUCCUGUUGUUGUCAUCGGCACACAAACGGACUUGAGAGAAAACCAGGCUGUGGUGCAAUUUCUGAAACACGAGUGCCAAACCCCUGUGAGCUAUGCACAAGGAGCUGCUCUGGCUAAAAGACACGGCGCCAAGGACUACCUGGAGGUCUCUCCAUUCAACCAAAGAAAACUCAGACACUUGUUGGACAGAAGUUUGACGUGCGUUUUAUCGUCUUCUGAUUCAAAAAGACCGAAAGCGGAAAACUCUGGCUGCAAAAUCAUGUGAUACAAAUCAGGAAACCAUGCUCAUUUAAUGACCUGACUUGGUGAGUUAAGGCGAAAAUUUCUCUAGGGUGUAAUCAGGAAAGCCAUUAAAUAUACGAAGUGAACCUGCCUCGGUUUGAAGCCAGAUAUUGAAAUAUGCGUUUGUUGUUUUGAGUUAUGGCGCCACUGUUACUUAGAUAAGAUCGUUUACGUCAUACCGGAGUUAUUAAGCUUACUGAAGUACCUGUGUCUUCGAUAAGUAGGUAAUUGAUUUGUAUGCCUGGUGCACUUUUGUUGAUCGUCAGCAGUAGAUGGAACUACGAGGAUACGAUCUCCAGCAGGUGACAGUGGGAUCCGUGUCAUCAUGAUCAUCGUCUCACCAUUGAGGUUGUCUCCCCCUACCCUCUCCACCAGUUCGUCUCAUUUUCAGCUAUAUCCUACAUCAUGUUAAGUCGUCAUACUCGUUUACAGAUAAACCUAGAUUGUGUUUUAAUACACUUUCCGUUUUGCUACGCCCCAACACAGAAAGCAGCUAACACUUUUCUUCACAUGAGUAACUUUGCGGCAUGCGGACUGGUAAGCAGGGAGAUUUGAAGCAGCACGUUAUAAAGGAAAGGCAUUUCAAGAAAUUGUUUAAAUGCCAGAAACCGUUGACAAGUACAGUCAUUUGUUUAUUAAAAUGUAAUUUAUAUUUUCAUUUUGAUGUGAAAACCGCAGUGUACACGGUUUCGCCUUUGUCCACCUUACUUUGUAUGUUAAUUCUACACCCUGUAGGAAAUGCUGGUCAUUUCAGUCUUCCACUUUGUGUACAUUGUUUAUAAUGGCGGCGACCAGCGACAUUUAUUUUGAGGCCAGUUGACUGAAUGUUUAAUUUAUUGUUAUAUAAAUGUAUUUAUACUUUCUACUCAGUCAUAUAUACACACUGUACAUAUAACUUUGACAGUGUGAUAACUGAUAAAUAUA